AUGGCGUCUAACCAACCUGCCGUGUUCCUCUUUAGUAAGACGGCAGGCUAUCGACAUGAAUCAAUUCCUGCAGGCAUUGAGGGCAUCCGACGUCUUGGCGUCACAUCCAAUGCGUUCACUGUAGACUCUUCGGAAGAUGCAUCUCUCAUCAAUGCCCGAAACCUAUCUCGGUACGCAGCCGUCAUAUUCUUACAGACCAGCGGCGACUUUCUCAACGACGAACAAUUAGCUGGAUUGCAGAGUUACGUGAGAUCCGGGGGAGGGUUUGUAGGGAUUCACUGUGCCGCAGCUGGGAUGACGAGAGAACCGUGGUACGGAGAACUCAUCGGUGCCGUCUUUACUGAUCAUCCGGAGCCGCAGCCCGGCGUCCUAACUGUUGAAAAGAAAGACCACGUUAUCGUCUCCGACCUACCAAAGAAGUGGGAGUGGUUUGAUGAAUGGUACAACUUCGAUGCGAACCCCCGCGCAAAGGUUACCGUUCUGCUAUCUAUCAACGAAGAGACUUAUAGAGGGGGAAAAUUAGGCCAAGACCAUCCGCUAGCAUGGUGUCGAGAGUUCGACGGUGGGCGUACUUUUUACACAUCACUGGGUCACUUCGAGGACGCGUAUUCGGAUCAGAACUUCAUGGGCCAUUUACUAAAUGGUAUUAUAUGGGCAGCGUAUAAGCCUUAG